GCCCACACCCCACUCAAAAUAUAUCCGUGGUCCAGACGCUCUAUGCUACCAGUUGUUUUUACAGCCAGUCAGUAACAUACUGACUAAAAUAAAUCCUUUUUGUAGACUAUUUGUAGCAACUUCCUAACUGAAGAUCAUAUAUCCUAAAGCGCAGCAUCCAGAUUGAGACGCGUUGUUAAACACAGAGGACAAAUAUUAUUCUUUUUAAAUCCGUUAAAAAGGAGCGAAGAUGGUGUCCGCUGGACUGGAGAUCCUUGGACUGGGACUGUGCGUCAUUGGUUCGCUCCUGGUGAUGGUCGUUUGCGGGCUGCCCAUGUGGAAGGUGACGGCGUUCAUCGAGGCCAACAUUGUGGUGGCUCAGACCAUCUGGGAUGGGCUCUGGAUGUCCUGUGUGGUGCAGAGCACGGGCCAGAUGCAGUGCAAGGUGCACGACUCGGUCCUUGCGCUCGGCCACGACCUGCAGGCGGCGCGAGCCCUGACCGUCAUCGCAUGUGUGUUUGGCGUGCUGGGGCUAAUGGUGGUGAUCGCCGGGGCGCAGUGCACCAACUGCAUCAAUGACGAGAACGUCAAAGCCCGGGUGGUGAACGCCGGAGGGGUUAUCUACAUAAUCAGUGGCCUGUUUGUUUUAGUCCCUCUCUGCUGGAUGGCCAACAACAUAAUCUCGGAUUUCUACAACCCACAGGUGCCCGCGUCCAAGAAGAGGGAGAUUGGGGCUGCGCUCUACAUCGGUUGGGCGGCCACUGCGCUCCUGCUGAUCGGGGGCGCGCUCCUCUGCUGCUCCUGUCCUUCUAACGGGAAUUCCGGCUACUCGGCGAAAUAUGCCCCGACCAAACGGGCCACACCGAACGGGACCGUGGACUAUGACAAAAGGAAUUACGUGUAGCCCUGCGUCUCACCCUCAUGAUGGGGUGGCUAGGCUGUGCUUAAAUGUGGUCUGUGGUUUUUUGAAAAACGUAUUUUUGCACCUGCAGUUUACUCUGAACUUUGAAAUAAAUGAAAGCGUCAUUCCCUUUUGUAGUAACACUGACUUUAAACUAAACACAAUAUUGGAGAACAUAUUCAUUCAUCCUUUUUUUUUGCAAACAGAAGAAAAUAAACGUUUGGAGACUAUGCGUAUAGCCUAAAGUGAUAGCCAAUGACAAAAAGGAGCGUCUUUGUUUUAGGUACAGUAUUGUUUUAAAUGUCCAAGGCUAUAUUUUCUAUAAUUGCUCAUAAACCUUUGCAUUUAGAAAUGUUUACCGGAAUUUGUUUUUCUAAAGGAAGUUCUAAUGACAAUAUAUCUGCUGUCUUUUUACUUCAGUGUAGGCUACAGUGACUUCAGAGUGGUUUAACUCCAAACCACUUAAAAGGUUUUUGGACAAUGGAUUUUUGCUGCAUGAGACUGUGUGAAGAUAGACGAAAACAUGUUGGCCUAUUUUCAAACCAAUACACAACUCAGGCAUUCUUACAUUUGUCUAUAACAGCGAGAAAUCACAUAUUACACAAAUUAGGACCAUAGAUUUAGAUGUCAAAUAUAGGAUGUCCACAACACCUGUUCUGGAGUCUAAAUUAUUUUAGGAUAAAACAAAACAUUUAGCAAACUUGUGUUUUAUAUAUGUACAUAUUGUGCCGGAUGUGUUUCUUUUCAUGGAUUUUUAGGAAUAUACUGCUGUUUUACUGACUGGUUUUGAUGUAAAGAUCCAUUGUGUAUUUGAUGCAAUAUUCUUCUUUCCAUUGUUACACUGACAUUAAACGGAUAUUGUUUAAA